AUGGCUUCGGCGGCCUGGGAUGGCCAGGACCAGCAUAUGGCUUCCACCACCGAAGAUGAAUUCAACCAAUUUCUCGACAUGAGCGGCAUGGGAAACAUGGGUGAUGGCAUACAGUUCGACUUCCAUGGCUUCCAGGAUGGCCCCUCGCAAGCCAUAAUGGCUCAGCAUCAACACCCGCAACAUCAGCAUCGGCAACAGGCCGACGCUAUUAUGGGUGAUGCCGACCCUUCUCACAUUAUUCCCCGCAGUGACGGGCUGCUGCAAAACCACACGCCUGCGAUGGUGACGACUGCCGGCAUGCAAGCGCAGUUACUGGCUACUUCUGCCCCGAGCGACACUAUUUCCAGUAUCGAUGCUCAGAUCCAGUAUCUCCAGCAGCAAAAAUUUCAUCAACAGCAACGCCAGCUUCAAGAACAACGAGCGACCUUCUUUGCAAACCAAAGCCAUUCGGUCCCCCCUACUCCCCAGAGCAUAGAGAUGCCUCCUGGCAGCGGUCAAUUUUAUUCUCAGCCGGAGCAGAUGCCCCAGCGAACAACUUAUGAUCGAGGAUAUCAUCAGCGAAUGUCGGAGCAGCAAGAUAUGGCCUUCACGCCUCUUGUGUCCCCGGCUGUGACGCCUUUGGAUCCCCAUUUCAAUAUGGAAAAUGCUUUUACUGUGCCCGGAGCUUACUUUAGCCCUCUUACCUCGCCAGCCUUGCAUGCCCAAAACGAUUCGUCAUCAGUUUACGACCAUAGCACACAGUCCAACAACUCACCUGUUGAAAUGGAUCUAGAAGCACCCGCUAUUGCUCCUACUGGAGGGUCCAGCACAGACUUGUCCAAGAAGGCCAGGAAGAAUAAUGCAGUCAAGGCACGGGGUAAGGGCGUGAAGAACUCACCGAUUGCCAAGCCUCAACGCCGGAAAACGGGCCCGAGCCCGGCCAUUGUGUCUCAGGUGUUGAAUGAGGUGGACGAGAGAAACGCACCAUCCGUAGACCAAGGAUUACUUCCUCUCCCAGCCACAUCGACUGAAGGUUCGGAAGAAAAUGCCUCGGUAUCACCCGAAAACCUGUCCGAAAUGCCCCCUCCUCCCGUUCCCGCUCGACGGUCCACUAGCAAAUCUCCGUACAUUCAAGCACAGAACGGAAGCUCACAACAGCCCACACCCCGUUCCUUGGCAGAAGAACAGAGAGAAAAGCAGCAGCAGCCUCAUCCCGCCACGCCAGCCUCACUAAUGAAACUUCCCGCUUCCAAGGCAAAGAAACCACGCGCGAUGAACCAGGAACAAAUCGAACAGGAACAACACACUGUCACGGAAAACAUCGAAUCUCUCGAGCUACCGGAGUCAAUAUCAAACCGGCCUCUCGCGCCGAUCAACACAUCGCUGGCGUCACCGUUGUCCCGCAUUGAACCAAACUCUGCGAGAAGCACCUCGCAGCAACCUUUGCACUCGCCGAACACGCAAACACCGGGAACGGCAUCAGCGAGCCAAAGUCCUCAAUUACGACCGGGAUCCUCCGGGCCUAGUGCGCGCAAGACGCCUCAGCUGGCUUCUAGAAACGGCAGGAAACGAUCUACUGGCUCAGUUCACGCCUCGCCUGCUUUGUUACCGAGAAUAUCACCGAACAUCAAGCCUUUGCUUCCUGGAACUCCUGGCCUGUCAAUGGAAGACACAGCUUCACGUUUGCUCAUGACCAAAUCAAACUAUCAAAAUAUCCUAGAAGGAAACACUGUGCCCGGAGUUUCAUAUCCCACAGAGUUGUCAACGAAUCUCACGUCAAAACGAACAUCUCACAAGAUUGCGGAGCAAGGGCGAAGAAAUCGUAUCAAUUCAGCGCUGCAAGUCAUGGCCAGCUUGUUACCAGAUCCACAAAAGAUUGAGGAUGAUGAGGCGGAGAGGAAGGACAACAAGUUACAAAAUAACGUGCCCAACAGCAAAGCAAGCGUUGUGGAGAAUGCCAUUGUGCACAUGAAACAUCUUCAAAAAGAAAAUGGCGACUUGAGACAAGAGCUAGACGAGCUAAAGAGCCAGCUGCAAAAACUACAGGCACCGGCGACAUAG